AUGGAGGCGACAGAGGAGGAGGGGCCCUUGUGGGUCCGCCUGAAGUGCCGCACUUCCACCUACUCGGUGCCUGUGGAGCUGGCAAAGCAGGCCGGGACGCUGCAGGUUGCGCUGGAGUGCGCGUGCGGCAGCGGUGCCGUGACCACCAUCCACUGCGACCGCUGUGACUCCGAGGCAGUGCAUCUUGUGAUGGUGUCCUGCGAAUGCAACCCGGAAGGGCUGGAUGGAGUAACGGGCUUGGAGAAGGACGUGCUGUCCAGGGCCGCAUGCCGCCUGGACGAGAAGUUCUUCCUGGACGUCCUGGCAGCCGCGGAAUUUUUGGACGUGAAAUGGAUACUUGACAUGGAUUGGCUGCACGUGGCUGUGAAGCGGCGAUUUGCUACCGCGGUGGACUAUUUGUUGGAGUUCAUGGACCAGUUGAGCAGUGCCGACGCCUUGGGGCGGACACCACUGCACUGGGCGUGCCUGCAUGGGGACGAGUCUCUGGUUAAGCGCCUUGUGGACAAGGGUGCCAUUGUGAACGCCACAGACGCCGUGGGGAAGACUGCCUUCCAAAUUGUCAACAGGGAGUUGGCGAAAUGCGUCCAGCGCAGCCCCACAUGGUUCCAAUACCACACGGUAGGAAAGGCCCUUCUGGCAGCUGGAGCCCACAGGCGGGGUUUGCGCCCAGUGGUGUUUGGCACACGGGGGGCUCGCGGUCAAAUGCCUCGUGGGCUUGGCGGUCGGUCGGGGCCGCACCGCUCACCACAUCAGCAAAGCCAUCAAGUUCCGUGGCCUCCUUGGAGGCCAAUGGAAGACGAGGGUGAAGGGGAGGAUACAGUGAGCGAUAACUGGUUCUUCAUGGAGGAAGCACCGACGGCGCUCGUCCCAUCUCACGACUAUGUUGGAGCCCUGGUGUCCAAAAAUCCCAAAUUUGCCAGGACACCCCCGGCGCUGUUGCAACCCCUGCUGCGGGCGUACUCCAGAAUAUGGCGACUGAAAAACGCUGCGGAGUUGGAGAUAUACUUGUUGGGGAGGCAGGUCGAGGAUGGUAAAGCAGAGGUUGAAGCAGAGCUGCAACAAAUCUUGGCUGGAGGCGCGCUGGACCCGGCGCCCUCAUUGGGUAGUGGCCUCCUGGGUCCUUGA